AUGGAGAAGAAACCUGAUGAACAUCUAACGAACUUCAGGCUUUGUUUGCCUCAGAGCAUUUGUGAUUCCACCAUUGGGGAGAGGCACCACGUGGUAAAAUAUUACAGACAUUUGGCACCUGACCAUUUACUGCAAGUAUGUCAAAGAGUCGGACCACUCCUCGAGAAAGAGAUUCCUCAAAGUGUUCCUGGAAUCCUGACACUAUUGGGAGCUGGCCGCCAGUCUCUGCUGCGCACAAACAAAAGCUGCAAACAUGUUGUAUGGAAGGGCUCCGCUCUUGCAGCCUUGCACUGUGGAAGACCUCCAGAGUCCCCAAUAAACUACGGAAGCCCACCAAACUUAGCAAGUACACUUUUUGCAAGAAAGCUAAACGGAAAGUACAAGUUUCAGUCCUUAGUGCCGACUGCUGUCUAUCAGCACAUGAAGAUGCAUAAGCGGAUUUUAGGUCACCUCUCCUCUGUUUACUGUGUAACAUUUGAUCGGACAGGUAGAAGGAUAUUUACAGGCUCUGAUGACUGCCUUGUGAAAAUAUGGGCAACCGAUGAUGGUCGUCUUCUUACCACAUUAAGAGGACAUGCUGCGGAAAUAUCUGACAUGGCAGUAAAUUAUGAAAACACAAUGAUUGCUGCUGGAAGCUGUGACAAAAUGAUCAGAAUCUGGUGUUUAAGGACAUGUGCACCACUGGCCAUUCUACAGGGUCACAGUGCGUCCAUCACAUCACUACAGUUCUCACCCUUGUGCAGUGGGUCUAAGAGAUACCUCUCUUCCACUGGGGCAGAUGGAACUAUUUGCUUCUGGCUUUGGGAUGCAGGAACUCUGAAGUUUAACCCUCGACCAACGAAGUACAACGAGAGACCUCGUCCUGGAGUCCAGUUGAUUUGUUCCUCAUUUAGCUCUGGUGGGAUGUUUCUUGCAACUGGGAGUACUGACCACAUCAUUAGGGUUUAUUACUUUGGUUCAGGUCAGCCUGAAAAGUUAUCCGAACUGGAGUUUCACACAGAUAAAGUGGACAGCAUUCAGUUUUCAAACAACAGUAGUCGCUUUGUUAGUGGGAGCCGCGAUGGGACUGCUCGUAUUUGGCAAUUUAAGAAAAAGGAAUGGAGAAGCAUUUUACUAGACAUGGCGACUCGCCCAUCCAGUACUCAAGGUGUGGAAGACAAGAUCGCAAAGCUUAAAGUGACUAUGGUGGCUUGGGAUCGUCAUGACAACUGUGUAAUCACUGCAGUCAAUAACAUGACUUUAAAAGUUUGGAACUCAUACACUGGACAGCUCAUCCAUAUCCUUAUGGGUCACGAGGAUGAAGUUUUUGUACUGGAGUCUCAUCCAUUUGAUCCACGAGUAUUGUUUUCAGCAGGCCAUGAUGGAAAUGUCAUAGUCUGGGAUCUAGUUCGUGGAGUCAAGAUUCGGUCUUACUUUAACAUGAUUGAGGGACAAGGGCAUGGAGCAGUAUUUGACUGUAAGUGCUCCCCUGAUGGACAACACUUUGCUUGCACCGAUUCCCAUGGUCAUCUGUUAAUUUUUGGCUUUGGUUCAAGCAGCAAGUAUGACAAGAUAGCAGACCAAAUGUUCUUUCACAGUGAUUAUCGGCCUCUUAUUCGUGAUGCAAACAAUUAUGUGCUGGAUGAACAGACACAGCAGGCACCGCACCUUAUGCCACCGCCGUUUUUGGUGGAUGUUGAUGGUAAUCCACAUCCAGCCAGAUACCAACGUCUUGUUCCUGGUCGUGAAAAUUGCAGGGAGGAGCAGCUCAUCCCUCAGAUGGGUGUUACCUCAUCAGGUUUGAACCAAGUUCUCAGUCAGCAGACUAGUAGUGAAGCGAGUCCCUUGGAUAGCCUGAUCCAACGUCUUCAGCAUGAACAAGACCAGCGAAUAAAUUCUGGACCUGGGCACAGCAACCGUUCAGCCAGAGCUUCAGUGAGUUCUACUUCUGAGGUUCAUUCUCCGCCAAAUAUUGGCUUGCGACGCAGCGGUCAAAUUGAGGGUGUUCGACAGAUGCACAGCAAUGCACCAAGAAGUGAAAUGGCUACUGAACGUGACCUCGUAGCAUGGAGUCGUAGAGUAGUGGUCCCAGAGCUUCCUCAGGCGGUAGCCAGCAAACAGGAGGAAUGGAGAACAGCAAAAGGAGAAGAAGAGAUACAUCUUUACAAAGCAGAGGAGAAAAGGAAAUCCCUUUCAAACCACACUGUUAGAGAAAAUAAAUCAGUCUCUUGCUCUAAGAACAAUUCUCAUGAACCUAUAUUAGAAUCGGGAGAUGCAAGAAAGCAGCAAGCUGGACAGCACAACUAUAGAACAAGGGCUACUUUAGAAGAACAAGCUGGACCUUCAGAAGACCUAGAAAAUGAAAGUUGCUCAUCAGAUGAAGCCGAUGCUGAAAGUGAGGCAGUGGCAGCAAGUGGUGCAACAUCUGAAGAUGAAGACAAACCAAACUGGAACGGUGAUGACAGUAGCUCGAGUGACUACUCAAGUGAUUAUUCAGACUGGACUGCUGAUGCGGGAAUAAAUUUGCAGCCGCCAAAGAAAACGCCUAAACUGAAAAACAAGAAAGCUGAAAGCAGCUCUGAUGAUGAAGAAGGCAAUGAAAAGUUCAAGCAGAAGCAAAGUAAAAAAGAAAGGAAAAAGGGAGCUGAGGAGAAAGAUGUAUCGCCUACGAAAAUAAAACCAAAAGAACGGAAGAAAAAGCAUUUACCAGUUGCAGAGCUAACCGAGCAAGGUUUGACCCUGGAAGACUGGUUGCCAUCUGUGUGGAUUACUGACACUAUGCCAAGGCGAUGUCCCUUUGUGCCACAGAUGGGUGAUGAGGUAUACUAUUUUCGUCAGGGUCAUGAAGCAUAUGUUGAAAUGGCCAAAAAGAAUAAAAUUUAUAGAAUCAAUGCUAAGAAGCAGCCAUGGCAUAAAAUGGAGUUAAGGGAGCAAGAGCUCAUGAAGAUUGUUGGAAUUAAAUAUGAAGUUGGCCUACCUACCCUCUGCUGCCUGAAGCUAGCAUUCCUUGAUCCAGACACUGGUAAACUGACUGGAGGUGCAUUUACAAUGAAGUACCAUGAUAUGCCGGAUGUGAUAGACUUCUUGGUUCUGCGUCAGCAGUUUGAUGAAGCACGACGUAGACGGUGGAGCAUAGGAGACAGGUUUCGCUCUGUAAUUGAUGAUGCCUGGUGGUUUGGAACUAUUGAGAGCCAGGAACCACUACAGCCAGAUUAUCCGGAUAGCCUUUUCCAGUGCUACAAUGUCUGUUGGGACAAUGGGGACACGGAGAAGAUGAGCCCUUGGGACAUGGAAAUUAUACCAAAUAACGCAGUGUUUCCUGAAGAGCUGGGUACUAGUGUACCUUUGGUAGAAACUGAGGUCCGAUCAUUGCUAUAUAGGCCUCUUGAUGGAGAGUGGGGAAGUAGAAGCAGAGAUGAAGAAUGUGAAAGAAUCCUUCGUGGAAUUAACCAGCUGAUGACUCUAGAUAUUGCUGCUGCCUUUGUGGCUCCUGUAGACCUUCAAGCAUACCCAAUGUACAGCACAGUUGUGGCCUAUCCAACUGAUCUCAGUACAAUUAAACAGCGGCUAGAAAACAGAUUCUACAGGCGUGUUUCUUCUCUCAUGUGGGAAGUGCGAUACAUAGAGCAUAACACUCGCACAUUCAACGAGCCAGGAAGCCCCAUUGUUAAGUCAGCAAAGUUUGUCACGGAUAUUCUACUGUACUUUAUCAAGGAUCAGAGUUGUUAUGACAUCAUUCCUCAGUACAACAUCAUGAAGAAGAAGAUUUUGUCAGACUCUGAUGAGGAGGAAGAGAAAGACGCUGAUAUACCUGGAACAUCUACGAGGAAGAGAAAGGAAUACCAGCCAAGACGCAAACUACGAAGCAGAGCGCACACUUACGAUCUGCAGUCUUGGAAGAAGCAAUGCCAGGAGUUGUUAAAUCUGAUCUUCCAGUGUGAAGAUUCUGAACCUUUCCGACAACCAGUUGAUCUUAUAGAGUACUCAGACUAUCGAGAUAUUAUUGACACUCCAAUGGAUUUUGGAACGGUUAGAGAGAAAUUGGAGGCUGGUAGUUAUGAUUCUCCGUCUGAACUCUGCAAAGAUGUAAGGUUGAUUUUCAGCAACUCAAAGGCGUAUACUCCAAGCAAAAGAUCAAAGAUAUAUAGCAUGAGUUUGCGACUCUCUGCUUUCUUUGAGGAGCGUGCCAGCACUAUAUUAUCAUACUAUCUAUCAGCUAUCAAAUUCCACCAACGGAACACAAUAACCAAGCGGAAAAAGAAAAGGAAUCGAAGCAGCUCUUCUAGUAGUAGCGCAGCAUCAAGCCCUGAAAGGAAAAGAAAAUACGUACGACAUCAGCAAAAACAAGAAAGUACAGUGUCAGUACCUGCACGAUUAGCUCCUCAAAAGGCAACCGCUCAAAUAAACGGAAAAGGAUCCGAAUCGAGUACUAUGGCUCGAACAAGGAGCUACAAGCGACAUAUCGAGCCGGCUUCUACAGGUCAACCGUCUAAAUCUGCUACACCUAAGAUUCUGGCUUUGAAACCUAAAAAUCCUGCCACUCCAGGAAAGACAGUAUCGGAACCUUCUGCAAAACAUCCCAGAGGUCAGACUGCUGCCAUCAACGCCAGCCAGCCAUCCAGCAGCCAAGUGGGAAAGAAUGCUGUACUCAAGGACACUUCGGAACAAGAGAAACCUUUGAAGCGCAAGAUGAAAGGGCUGUCCAGUCCAAUCAAAGAAAAGAAAGAUAUUUUGCCACAAUUGGGAGUUCAGGUUAAUGGACACAGCAGCCUUCCAAACAAGCCAGCAGUGAAAGGGCGUCCUGGUCGUAAACCAAAGGUAGUUGUAAAUAACGCAACCAGUAACAGUGACUCCAACACUGCAGUUCAAGUAGUACCCAAAAAAAGGGGCCGAAAACCAAAAUACCCCAGGAAUGAUGAUCAGUCACAAGUUGUACCCGUAAACCCGAAUAGGCCUGUUGUAUCACCAGAUAAAACUAUUAAAAAGCAACCUACUUCUUCCACUUACAACUCUCAUGAUGUGGGAGUAACUGUUAAGAGUGAAAAUGAGGUACCAAAAAAAAAGAGAGGUCGAAAGCCAAAAGUAAAACCUGAGCUAUUGGAGGCAACUGUUCCGCUUCCUUCUCCUCCUCCUCCUCCUCCUCCUCCUCCUCCUCCUCCUCCUGCACCAACACAGACCAAGCCAGAGCAAGCCCCAAAACAAGAGACAACUAAAAUACAAACAAGAAGUAAAUGUAAAAAGCCUGAAGAGCCCACGGAUGAAACGCCAGACACUUCAGAAGGACUGAAUCAUUCUGAACUCCAGAUGAGAACUAGGAAUCAGGGAAGAAGAACAGCCUUUUACAAUGAAGAAGACUCUGAGGAAGAGCAAAGACAACUGCUGUUUGAAGACACUUCUUUGACUUUUGGAACCUCAAGCAGAGGAAGGGUACGAAAAUUAACAGAGAAAGCAAAGGCAAAUUUAAUAGGCUGGUAAAUGUACUAUAGUGCAGCUUUACUGAAGUAUAUUGGCUUUUUUGCUGCUAUAAAAAAACUGAAAACUCUUCCAAGGGAAGGGGACAUUUUCAUAGGUGUUUCUUUUCUUAUUUUAAAAAUUUUCUAUUUAUUGCCUAUGGAUAAACUGUAAGCAUUUCAGUAUAUGUAGUUCCAAGCCUCAGAUCAGGCAGAACAAAUCCCAUCAUAAAUAUAUAUAUAUAUAUAUAUACCAACUUGUAAAUGCAUUUUUGGAUUCUGCACAAAUGAAAGAAAAAAAUAGCCUGCCGAUACAUAUUGGAUGUAUGAGACAAUAUUAUUCUAGGCAAAAUAUAAUGAAUACAAAAUAAGUGUUACCUUACACAUGGGUAAACAUUCUCCAUUGUACCUUCAGGCCUUCUUUUGUGCAGUAUCCUGUACAUAGGCAGUAAAAACACAUAUAUCUAUAUACUUAUACCCGUAUAUAUUGAUAUACUUUAUAUAUCCACAUUGGAAGAUAUUUCAUUUGUGUCUAAUUUUUCAGACCUCUAUCUAGUACCAAUCAGUAAAUCAGAUUAGUGUGCCAAAGACUGAGACUGAAUGCAGUUAAAGCCUACAACUUCUGAUUGUCAGAAAUGCGCACAAUCUCUGUAUAUAGCAGACGUACAAAAUAACUUGUAUAAUGCGAUGAAGAUGGUGUAGGCUGUGCUCACUUCUGUUUUGGUACUUUUGUUAAUAAGAUGCAGGGCAAGGCGUCAGAGAGGAUGUAAUAGCUUGAAAGUUAAUUGGGGGCAGUCUAUAUAAAUGUGUGUAGAUAUAUAUAUAUAUUUUAUAUAUUUUGGUGUUUUCCACCCGCUGGUAAUGUCCAGCUAAUGUGACUUUUAGAAGUACUGGUUUAUUGGUAUCCUCAUGUUGCUUAGUAUUUUUUUGUUUAAUAUGAAACCCAAAUUGCAUUUUUAUUCCUGUAUGGGCAGGAGAAAGGAAGGAAGAUCAAACCUACGUGUACAUUUAACAGACGAAUUGGGGAGACUUUUUGCUCUAGCUUGGCAACCUAUUGUGAGGCUCAGUAUCGUGAGCAUUUUAGGGGUUCAGAUUGGACUGCUUUGUCGGUAAAUGGCGAUAUUUGUUUGAAUGUUUCUCAUCUGUUCAACUGCAAAAAUGUGUACAUAAUAAAACGUGUACAUAUGUGUAUACAGGUACGUGUAAUACAGCAUUUUACACGUGACACAUUUCUAAUCCAAGUAUCAGACUUUUACAUGAUUCUUUUUUAGACACAAGUAGGAUUAAAAACUAAUUUUAAAAGGUCACUGUGUAGUUUGAUUCUAAAGGCUGGGUAGUUUUGAUUUUAUAAAGUCAACGCACACUGUUUUAUUUUUGGUAAUGCUUUUCCCUGCGUUUAUACCACAUUGACAAGUUCAUAGGGUUUCAGCAAAAUCUAAUUUAAUUUGUGUGCCUUGUAUCCCCCCCUUCCUAAACAAUGUAUAUUAAAAGGACUUCUAUAUUUUAACUAAAUGUAAUAAACUGUAUGCUGUUGUCAAAUAAGGAACACUCAUUGUACGAUACACUGCAGCUUUAAACUGUUUAUUGGAAAUGAUAGUUUGUUCUGUAUGAAAGAGACAGACUGUUUAGUAAAUGUUUUACAACUUU